AUGGCGUGGAAGGCGGCCAUGGGGGGUAAGGCGGCCGGCAUCGGAGGCGAGAAGCUCAAGUGCCCGCCGUCGUCCGCCGCAAGGUCGCGGAUGAAGCUCUGGAUGGUGCGCGCCACCACCACCGUCCUGCUCUGGACCUGCGUCAUGCAGCUCACCGCCGUCGUCGAGAGGGCCGCGUUGCUGCCGCCCAAAAGAAUUUACAGGAACAAUGGUUAUUUGAUGGUCUCAUGCAAUGGUGGUCUUAACCAAAUGCGAGCUGCUAUAUGUGACAUGGUUGUAAUAGCAAGAUAUUUGAAUGUCACUUUGGUGGUCCCAGAGUUGGACAAGACUUCUUUUUGGAAUGACCCGAGUGAGUUCCAAGAUAUAUUUGACGUUGAACACUUUAUAACCUCCUUGCGAGACGAAGUUCGCAUCUUGAGAGAACUGCCUCCAAGGGUAAAGCGAAGAGUUGAACUUGGUAUGUUCCACUCAAUGCCACCCAUCAGUUGGUCUGAUAUCUCCUAUUACCAUAAUCAGAUUCUUCCAUUGAUUCGGAAACACAAGGUUCUGCAUUUGAAUAGAACUGACGCUAGGCUAGCAAACAAUGGUUUACCUAUGGAGAUUCAAAAACUGAGAUGCCGAGUAAAUUAUGCCUCUCUAAGAUUUACCGCCGAGAUUGAAGAUCUGGGCAAGCGUGUAAUUAGAAUACUUCGCCAAAAUGGUCCUUUCUUGGUACUUCAUUUACGUUACGAAAUGGAUAUGCUGGCUUUCUCUGGUUGUACUCAAGGGUGCAGUAACGAAGAGGCAGAAGAGCUCACAAGAAUGAGGUAUGCUUAUCCAUGGUGGAAAGAGAAAAUCAUCGACUCGGAUUUGAAAAGAAAAGAUGGAUUUUGCCCAUUGACGCCAGAGGAGACCGCUCUUGUUCUCAGAGCAUUGGACAUCGAUAGAAGUAUGCAAAUAUACAUCGCAGCUGGGGAAAUAUAUGGUGGAAAACGCAGGAUGGCAGCUCUCACUUCAGCUUAUCCGAAUGUGGUGAGGAAAGAGACACUUCUGGAACCUUCUGAUCUAAUGUUCUUCCAGAACCAUUCGUCCCAGAUGGCUGCACUGGACUACAUGGUUUCUCUAGAAAGUGAUAUAUUUGUUCCAACAUAUGAUGGCAAUAUGGCUAAAGUUGUCGAGGGUCAUCGCAGGUUCAUGGGUUUCAAGAAGACAAUCUUGCUAGAUCGAAAACUCAUCGUCGACCUAGCAGACCAGUACAACAACGGCUCGUUGCGAUGGGAUGAGUUCUCUUUGCUGAUCAAGGCUGCCCACGCAGGGCGGAUGGGAUCAGCCUCAAAGCGGACAGUGAUUCCCGACAGACCCAAGGAGGAGGACUACUUCUACGCGAACCCCCAGGAGUGCCUGCAAGACCCCGACCGCCUACGCACGUCAUGA